AUGCAGAUUCCAAACACGUGCUGCGUUCAGUCCGAGCUCAUCCUUGCGGACUUGUUGACCAAGGCAAUUGACCAGCACGAGGUCGAAAAGUUGCGGUCGCUAGCAGGUUUGCACUAG